CUUGUCCAUCGAUCUAAGCAGCAAGUAGUUCAACUGAUUUUAGUGGUGAUAUAACCUCACAUAAUUCCAUCAUAUUUUCUCGAUUUUAUCCAAAUAGAAUUACAUAUUAAAUAAUUAAUAAAAAUGAGCGUACCUUUACCUCCCGGAACUGGAAUCGAGAAUAUUGAUGGUGACCAAAUUAAAACAUUUAAAGAAUUUCUCAUAUCUUACAAUAAACUAACCGAGCUGUGUUUUACUGAUUGUAUUGUAGACUUUUCAUCAAGAACCAUAAAAGGCAAAGAAGAAAAAUGCGCGCUAAACUGUAUGGAGAAAUUUCUGAAAGUAAACCAAAGAAUAUCACAGCGUUUUCAAGAAUUCCAAGUUUUAGCUAACGAAAGCGCCAUAGCGGCCGCUCAAAAAAUGGAAAAAAGUGCAGGAUAAAUAAAUGUCAAUAUUGU